AUGAAUGGCGAGGCCGCUUCCGCGAACCAGCGGUUGGGUGUGGCUCGGAAUGACGCUCUACAAGGCGCCACGCUUGCAUUCCAACACUCCAGGGCUCCCUCACCCAAUGUGAAGGCUGGAUCUUCCGCCACUGCUGCAAUGGCAAGCGAUCGCCGUCCUCUGGGCCGUCAGAGGACUGGAUCCGACUCUCCCGAAGUGGGUUCUGUAAAGGAUAAGAUCGGGAGGUUGGCCAGACCACUCUCACCCCCCGCCAGUACAUUAUCAAGUGUGAGGGGACGAAAUUCAGCCGCCGCUCUCUCCUCGGCCUCCCAAAUUGCCGCACGGCUCGCUGCGUCAAGGUCCCCUGCGCGGGACACCAGUGCCCCGUCGACAACUGCAAGACUUGGCGCAGGUGCAGUACUAAGUGCGAGUCGGGUGCCACCCUCGCCAGAAAAGCGACAACUACCAGCACCAACGCCUCGUCGCUUGAUCCAGGGGAGCCAUAAUCCCUUAGAUCGCAUGCUGCAUGAAAAUGGCUUAAAGUCUGACUCGCAUCUGCCUAUCUACGGGCACUCUCCAUCCCAACGAUCUAGGACAACUCUCGAUUAUCAGGAUAGUCGAGACCCAAGCCCCCAUCCCUCCUUAGAAUCUCGGAAUUCCUCUGUGCCGACGGAUGAGUCGAAACCGAAGCUUCCGCCGCGUUUGCCUCCAUCACGAGGGUCUAUGAGAAACCAUGGAGUUGUCGCAGUACGCCGACCAUCGACACCGAGCGAGUUAUCUAUAUCAGGCCAGUCACAUACGACAAGUUCCUCUAGCAUAAUAGACGACUCCAUCGGCAUGAGCGAGGAAUCGCUCUCCAAUGCUAUUAUCGCCUCAUCCCUGGCAUCCGCACGAGCAUCUCCAUCUAUCAGGGUUCCCCCGCCGCUUCCGCCGCAGCGACGAGGGGCACGAUCCAUUCUACAUUUCGCACACCAAUCCAAGACAGAUCUAUCAAGGACACCAAGUCCGUCGAAGAGCAUGCCGAUGACCCUCCGCGGCAUGCCGAAACCCACCGAUGCCGACCACCAUAAACACAGAAACCCCCUGCACAAACACCCCCACAAACACAAGGAGGGCGACCGUAAGCGCUGGCGACGCGAGAUCACCGAGAAGGAACGCAAACGUUACGAAGGUGUUUGGGCGUCUAAUAAGGGGCUUCUCAUCCCUCCCGAUCCCAGUGGAACUGGGCCAUGGCCCCCUAAUGCCUCAGAUAUGGUUCUUAACCUGGUGGUUCGGGAGAUCUGGUCCCGCAGUCGCCUACCAGAAACGAUUUUGGAGCAAGUGUGGGAUUUAGUCGAUCACCAAAAUAUCGGACUUUUGGUGCGUGAGGAAUUUGUGGUCGGAAUGUGGUUGAUCGACCAGUUCCUGAAGGGACACAAGCUCCCUGUGAAAGUUCGGGACAGUGUCUGGGAUAGCGUGCGGUAUGUUGCGGGUAUUAAGCUCCCCCUUGGGAAAGGCAAGGCCCACGCUUAA